AAUACCAUGUCCAUGGCAAAGCACCAAAAUCCUCACGCCAUACUCUUUGCCUUUCCACUGCAAGGUCAUGUUAUCCCUGCGGUGGAUUUGGCCAUAAACCUCGCAUCACGAGGCUUCACCAUAACCUUCGUCAAUACACACUCCAUCCACCACCACACUUCCAAAGCUUCCCUAUCCUCCACCACCACCACCAACAACAACAACAACGAUGACAUCUUCGCCGCCGUCAAGGACUCCGAUCUUGACAUCCGCUACACGACGGUGUCCGACGGCCUUCCGGUGGAAUACGACAGAUCCCUCAACCAUGACGAGUUUAUGGAAUCUUUGUUGCAUGACAUGUCGGUUCAUGUGGAAGAGCUUGUGACAAAUAUUGUGAAGCAUUCGGUUCCACCCGUUACUUGUUUGAUUGCUGACACCUUCUUUGUUUGGCCAUCUGCUAUAGCCAUGAAGUUUGGCCUUCCGUACGUAUCGUUUUGGACAGAACCUGCUUUGGUUUUUACUCUUUACUAUCACAUGGAUCUUCUCAGAAAGAACGGCCAUUACGCUUGUCAUGAUAACAGGAAAGACCCCAUUGAUUACAUACCUGGAGUGAAAGCAAUUGAUCCAAAGGACACAACUUCAUAUCUUCAACAAACGGAUACAACCACAGUGUGUCACCAAAUAAUAUCCAAAGCCUUCAACGACGUUAGAGGUGCAGAUUUUGUGCUAUGCAACACAGUGCAAGAGCUUGAGCCCCAAGUCAUAGCUGCACUCCAAGUCCAAAAACCAUUCUAUGCUAUUGGACCCCUUUUCCCGUAUGGGUUCAAUAAGGGCACUGUGGCCACGAGCUUGUGGUCCGAGUCAGAUUGCACCCACUGGCUCGAUUCCAAGCCUCAUGGCUCGGUCUUGUAUGCAUCUUUCGGUAGCUAUGCCCACAUCACUAAAAGGGACCUUGUGGAAAUUGCAAAUGGGCUUUUGCUUUGUAAAGUGAGUUUUGUUUGGGUGCUUCGGCCCGAUGUUGUGAGUUCUGAUGAUGUUGAUCCAUUGCCUGUUGGAUUUAGGGAGGAAAUUUCUGACCGUGGGAUUGUGAUACCUUGGUGUUGUCAGACUCAGGUGUUGACUCACCCUGCGGUUAAAGGGUUCUUGACUCAUUGUGGAUGGAACUCUAUUUUAGAAGGGAUUUGGUAUGAGGUUCCGUUUGUGUGUUUUCCUCUGUUGACGGACCAGUUCACUAAUCGGAAAUUACUUGUGGAUGAUUGGAAGGUUGGGAUUAAUUUGAGUGAACGGACGGUGAUCACUAAAGAAGAGGUCUUGAAAAAUAUCAACCGUUUGAUGAUGGAUGGAAAAUUAAGGGAACAAUUGAAGGCUGCGAUAAGGGGGAUCAAGAUGAAAUUGGAAAACGCAUUGAGCCCUAAUGGAUCUUCUGAGAAAAAUAUGGAAUGCUUCAUUCAGGAUCUUGUUACUAGAAAGUAGUUUAUGUUGUUUUUGUUUUUUUAUUUGUAUGUUUGUUAAAGAAGAUUAAAUAAGCGACCAUAUCUGGGCCGCACAAGCCCUAUUAUAUUUAUUAACUCAAAUAAUAUAUGAAUCAUAAAUGAUUCUCAAUUGUUUGG